AAAUUCUACUUCCCCUCAGAGCAAGGGAUCCGAAGGAAGUUGUAUUGGGCUGUCGCUAGAUUGGAGUACGCUUGCUCUAAUGAUCUGUUGUGGUUAAUCGCCAUUUAUAUGUCGAUAUCCUGUUAAAUUGUGAGUUUAAACUCUGAUUUAAUUUUGAAUAUGUCAGAAUAUCCAAACAUUGUGACGUCGUCGUCGUCAUCAUCGUCAUUUAAUAAUGAAACUCCAGCAGAUCUGUCCAAAAAAGGGAUUCAGAAUCUGUCAGUUUCUCCGUGCCUUGAGAAAUCAUCCUCCUUACAAGGUGGUGAUGGUGGUGGUGGUAGUAAUAGCAGUAGUAAUAGUAACAGUAACAGUUCUUAUGAUGAUUCUACCCUGAAUAGUAACAGUAAAAAUCAGUGUUGCAAAGAUGAUUGUGAAAAUAAUCAAGAUAUAAAUGAUAUAUUGAAGAAUUUAAAGUUUCCAAAGUAUGAAUUUUGUUUGCAAGAUCAGCAGCUGUUGAAGGAAGAAUCAACACAGUAUAUUUGUGACAUUUGUGGUUUCAGAUAUGCACAUAAUUUUAGUUUAAAGCGCCAUUAUCUACGCAAACAUAUAAAUUAUGUUUAUUUAAAUCAAAAUGACAUUACCAAUUGCUCAAUUUCUGCAAAUAACCUCAAUUUGCAUUUUAUAAAGUACAAAAAUUUACUUCAAAAAGAUCAUAAGAAUAUUUGUGAUAUAAUCAGUUCAUUUCAAACAAAGGACAAAAACUGCAUAUUUUCAUACCUGUUCUGUUGCAAUGAAUGCACAGAGAUGUUCAAUGAUAAAGCAGCCCUGAAAGAACAUUUGAUUAAUCAUGAGAUGAAAACUAAAGCCAGGUCAAACAGUAAUAAAAGAAAGUGUUCAGAUUUGCCUUAUCAAUGUUUCAAGUGUCAAAAAUAUUUUAAUGACAUAGAAAGUUUGAAAAAGCAUGAAGAAACUCAUAAAUUCUCAUGUAAUUGUUGUAAUUCUGUUUUUCUUCAGAAAAAGGAUUUGAAACAGCACUUAAGUGAAAAACAUUCAGAAUUUGCUCAUCUGUGUUUUGUAUGUUGUGAAGUUUUUAGUGCACAAAGUAAACUUCAAGAACAUUUGAAAAAACAUAGAAUUGAAGAUAGUGAGAAUCAACCUCAUAAUGAAAAAUCUUUGAAAAAUACAAAAAAUAAAACUAAAUUAGACAAAGAUAAGCCAUUUCAAUCAAGUAAAGGUUCCGAUGGAUAUCAAUGCACAUUAUGUGCAAAAUCUUUUGCAACUUAUGGAAAUCUUUCUAGGCACCAACGUCAAGUCCAUCCUGUUCCUACAUCUUAUUCUAGAAGAAGAAAUAAAAAUGUAGUGACUGAAGAUGGAAUAGAUGCUAAGUUCUAUAAUUCGGUUGCAAACAACAUAGCAGAUAAUUUAGUUCACCAUGUUGAUGGUAAAGCAUCUCACGUUAUAGAGACAGCAAAAUCUUUGAAUCUUGGUUGUUUUGAAGAGAUAAAAAUCAAUUUCCCUUGGAAAGAUUAUAAUUUUCCUUCUGAUUUUGAUUUGUGUAAUAACGAUCAGCCAAGUCCUCUUAAAUAUACUCAAAGCAGCAUUGAAGAAGAAAUUUCAUCUGAAAUAAACAAACAAAUUGUAAAAGAAUUUAUUUCGAAAGAUGAGAUUGAUCCGACAAGAGACAAAGAAGUUUUAUUUAUAUAUAAAUGCAAAGUAUGUGAUGCAUCAUUCAAUUCUUUAAGAACUGUUCAUGAACAUUACGUAAACAACCACAAUGGAAUUAGUUCUAACAUAGAAUGUGGAUACGAGUAUGAGUAUCCGCCACCUCAAGUAUAUCACAUAAUUUCAACUCCUGUUGGAGCAUAUUAUAAGUAUAUUAAAACACCUUUUAAAUCACAAGAGAAUUGUCAAUUGAUGACAUGCACUAAAUGUAAAGCUGCAUUUAGUUCAACCUCUGAUUUGCAUUCACAUAUACUAGAAUGUGGUAGCAAAGUAUUGAAAGAUAGAAAUCAAAGAGUGGAUAAUGAUAAUUUAAUCAGAAGACCAGAAAAUGCAUCAUCGGUACCUGAAUAUAAUUUGGAACAGUCUUGUGACACUUGUCAUCGAGUAUUCAGUCACUCUGUAACUCUAGAGAGACACAAGAGAAGCUGUGCAAGUAAACAUGGGCUUUUGUCAAAACUUUAUAAGGAAAAUUCAGAUUUGAUAAAUAAUAAUAAGAGAAAGAGAAAUCAGCAUUUGAAUAGAGUUCAUCAGUUAGUUUUAGGUCCAAAGUAUACAAGAAAUCUGAAAAUGGUAGAGAAGAAAAAAAUGAAUUCUCCUGUUGAAACAAGAAAACAAAAAAGAAUAAGUGCCAGAUUGAAGAGCAAAUCACCUUCAGAUCAUGAAGCUACUUUUGAUGAUGAUAAUUCAACAACAAAAUCAGAAAAUAAAGAAAAUAUAACAAAGAGAAAUGCAACUUCAAAACGUGAUUCUUUACAACCACAACAUUGGUGUUCAUAUUGUAGACGUUCUUUUGUUUAUUUGGCUAAUUUCAGAAAACACAUGGUUGAUGGCUGCCCCAUCAAAAAGCAAUUGGAUGAAAAUCAAAACUUGAAUGAAAAUGGUGAAUCAUCAAAUACAGAUAGGGAGACGAAACUUUCAAUGCGUGGUCAAAUUGAACAGAGUAUGAUUGGCUUAUUAAGUAAUCAAUCCCUUCAGUCGGAAAUAAUUGGAACAUCCGAUAGAACAACACCAACCAAGCAUUUUCAGACAUUCUCUUGUACGCAUUGUCAUAAAAUAUUUUUCUGCCUUUUCAACAUGCUUAAACAUCAAGUAUCUCACAAGCUUCAUCCUGAAGAUUGCACAGAACAGACAGAAUGUUUAGAUCAAGCUACAAAAUCUGAAACUUCUGAUUCUCAAAAUGAUUUGUGUGAAACUUUGGAAUUUAAUAAUAAUUCUAAUGAGCUUAAAUGUGAACUUUCUAAAGAAGAAACAGCUUCUCCUCUUGUUCUGGAAAAUGCUGUACCUUCUCCUCAAAUAGUAGAAUUUAAACAAGAAGAGAACUUGGACAAUGCUCAACAAUCUGAACAAUGUUUAUUGAAGAUUGAUUCAAGUGAACAAGAAAUUGAUAAAUCACCAGUUGAUUGUGUCACUUCAUUAGAUAAUUCCACAGCCAAACUAGAAGUCCCACAAAAGAAAGAAAAGGUUGUGAACGACGACUUCCUGUCUCAACCUGGUCCAUCUCGUACACGUAAAAGGAAAGCAGCAGAACCAGUAGCUGCAAGUUCGAGGACAUUAAGAGUAUCACGUAAGAAGACUCAAGCUACACAACAGGACAAUAUCAAAAAGGAAACAAGUCCCAGAACAUAUAAGAAGAGAGCAAAGAAACAAGUACCUGAAAAAGUCUCAAGUCCUAAGAAGACACCAUAUAAAAGCAGAUCCGAAAGAUCAAGGAAGAUAACUACACCGAAAAAAUAUAAACAAUAACUGUGAUGGGUAUUUGCUUUCAGCAAUAGUAAAUUAACAUUUUUACUUGUAUAUUUAUACUAUAAUAUUUAAAUUAGUAUAGUUUGUGUGUGAGAAAAAUAUGAAUACUCUUGUGUUCAUAUUUUUCUCACAUAAUCUUGAGAAGGAUGACAAAUUUAUCAAAAAAACAAAAAAAUCCAGCAAAAAUAUGUCUGUCUUCAUUUAAAGGUUCUUAAAAUGGAAGUAUUUUGUUUUAAGUGGUAAAAAUCAAACAAAUUUUGAUGAAAUUUUUGACAUAGAUUUACUGUUUUUGAUUUUACUUAUAGUUCCAAUAUUCUUGAAAUUGAAAAUGUUCCCAAAAAUUGUAACCUUGAAAUCGAAUUAAGUCAAUUAUCAUUAACAAAUGAAGUCAAACUGCAUAUUUUGUAGGAAAUUAAGAUUCUUUCUUGAGUCAUUAUGCAUCCUUAUAUACAUUAUUUAAAAAAUCACAAGAGUCAUUUACCAAAUAUUGAAAUGUUUUCCAUAUUAGUCACACGAUCAUGAGCCAAUUCUUUUCAAAUAAAUGUGGAAAGUGUUACAAUUAAAAUCAUGUAAAUAGUAAAUAUAUGUAUAUAGUUGUACAUAUGUUUUAUCUUAAAAUUAUUUGAAAAGAAUUGAGAUAUUAGUCAUAAGAUGUUAAUACCUCAAUAACAAAUUUAGAUCAUGCAAAUAUUUGUAAUAGAAAUAAAUUAUUUAAUAUAAUUUACUUAAGUAUUUUUGUUUUUUUUUUGAGCAAUUGUGAAACUUUUGACAUACCAUGUUGUUGAUAAUGAAUGCAAGUUUGUGAAUUAUCAAAUUUAACAGCAUUACUGUUACUCUGUAUAACGGAAUGGAUUUGUGAAAGAUGAAUGAUCUGUUAUUUAAACAAUUGAGUUUUAUAUUGAGAUAUAUUGCGAGUAUUUGAAACUAGUCAGAUGUAUAUACUUAUAUAUCUUGGAGGAAUGGCAGAAAACUGUAAUUUAUUAGUUACAGCUUAUGGUUUGAAUAUAUCACUUAUGAGAAUUGUACAUUGGAAUGAUUCAUUGCAUACAACAGCUUUUUUUUAAUCUUUUAAAAAUUAAUUUUAUGUACACAGCAAACCAUGACAAUAUUCUAGUUUUGAUAAAUAUAACUUGCAAUUUGAAUAAAUUUUUACAUACUAAUUUUUAAGAUAUUCAUUUAUUAUUAUUGAAAUUUGUUUCAAAUUUUGCUGUUUUGUAAUGUAUGAAGUUUGGACAUAUAAGCACUAAAAAUUGCAUAAGUUAUAGCAUACAAUUUUGUGCCUUGAUAUCCUAGUCUUCAUAAUGCAUUAAUUAGAACAAGUCAAAAACAUGAAUUUUUAUAAUCUUUCAGAAUUUAAUUAUUUAAAUUUUUGAUAAUCUCAUUUAUAUUGUUUGGAAAAUUUAAUUGUUUAUUGUCAUGGUUUGUUGUUAAUGUGUUUUUUUUUUUCUUCUUUAUCAUGUUUUCUAUAAUGGAUUUUGUAUUUGAAUUGAAAGUUUGUAGACUGUAGUUUUUGUCGAAACUAACGUUUGAAUUUAUAUUCUGUGUUUGCCGAGAAAACCAACGAAUUCGUAAACUUCGGCACAGAAAAAUUAACUCAUAAACUUCGGUGUUUACCGAGAACUCCAUUCAAAUUUAUAAAAAUUGUGCUAUUUUCAGAGAAUAAUUGAAUUGUAUUUUUUUAGAUAAGAUAAUAGUUUUUGUAAUUGUACUAAUAACAAAUGAAAUAGUGAAUUUGUACACUACAGUUUUC